ACCCACGCUUUCGAGAAUGAACCCUCGCGAUAAAUUCGCGAUUAGAGCUAACUGGGAUGGCAAGUACGGGAUCGCGGCGUGCAGAGAUCCAAAAUUCCAAUCUUUCUCUUCCCGCCGCUCUGAUUCUGCCCUAAAACCUUGAAGGAAGGUAACUUCAGAUCUUGAAGAAGUCCGUCUCGGCGUUAAAUCCGAGGGGCCAGGUUAAAUCGAAGAUACAGUAAAUCCCGACGAAAUCCAGAUUUAUUUUUUUCCAAAAAGACCGUCUGGCAAGAUUUAGCUUAAACCCAGGUUUAUCGUCAUCUUCCUCAAGAGCCAAGGUUUUUGCCAUCCCAAAUGGCAGCCACCAACGUAACUCACCUGCUCGCUCCAGACUCCCUCUCCGCUUCCGGUAAAGCGGCGGAAAGGCUUAGCCUGCCGCUGCUUCAAUCGAGGAUGAAGCUAGACCCGGAAGGAUAUGAGGAGGAGAUGCUCCUCAUCUAUCGCCACUUCAAAUCCACGCUUAAUCUAUUUCGCCAACAAUCUGCGCUCAGCCCCUCUUCGGAUCCAGUGCUUGCCAAGGAUCUCGGUGAUCUCGUGUUGUUCCUCGCGCACAUGACCCCCUUCUAUCCUCUCCGCCUAGCCGAAUUCCCUAACCAAGUUUCCGAGCUUCUUAAAACCGACGCAAGGGCGCUUCCCUCCUCCCUCCGUUGUCACCUAGCGCGAUCCCUCAUCCUACUUGUCAAUAGAAAGAUUGUUGAAUUUGAGGGAUCUCUAGAGCUGUUCAUGGACCUCCAAGUCAUCGGCGAUCGAACACUAAGAAAACUUACCUUCUCACAUGUUGUGCAUAGCAUUCGACACAUGAAUACAAAGCAUAGAAAUGAGGCACAAGAUCGGAAACUUCAUAAUAUUCUUUUCAAGCAGCUGCAGGGAGAUGAAGAACUACGAGCUAGGAGAUCACUUGCUGUUCUUUGUGAUCUUUAUCGAAGAAAGGUGUGGUUUGAUGCUCGUACAGCUAAUGCCAUCUGCAAUGCAUGCUUUCAUAGUUCUUCAAGGGUUAUGGUGGCUGCUCUUUCUUUCCUGCUUGGUUUUGAAAACAAUGAAGGUAAUUUUGAUGAUAGUGACGCCUCAAGUAGCGAUGAUGAUGAAACUAGUCAAAAUCCACAAGUUUUUCUUAGCAGGGAGGAUGUUUAUAAGGCAAAGCACAAGGGCACUGCUUCUAGUAAGCGGAAAAAAAAGGCAAAAUUGCAAAGGGUUAUUCGUAGUAUUAAAAGGCAGCACCGCAAAUCAUCAGAGAAGAGCGGCCCAAAUUCCUAUUCUCCUCUCACUCACCUAAACGAUGCACAGGGUUUUGCUGAGAAGCUCUUCUCUCGUCUUCAUACGUGCAAUGAGAAAUUUGAGGUUAGGAUGAUGAUGCUGAAAGUAAUUGCAAGAACAAUUGGAUUGCACUUCCUCAUCUUGUUAAACUUUUAUCCAUUCCUUCAAAGAUAUGUUCAGCCUCAUCAGCGUGAUGUGACAAAUUUACUUGCUGCAGCAAUACAGGCAUGCCAUGAUGAGGUACCUCCCGAUGCAGUGGAACCACUUUUCAGACAAAUUGUGAAUCAGUUUGUGCACGAUCGUUCUCGUCCUGAGGCAAUCACUAUUGGAUUAAAUGCAGUACGAGAGAUAUGCCUAAGGAUGCCUCUGUUAAUGAAUGAAGAUUUGCUUCAAGAUUUAGUUUUAUACAAGAAGUCUCAUGAGAAAGCUGUUUCAAUUGCUGCACGCUCCUUAAUCACUUUAUUCAGAGAGAUAUGCCCUUCAUUACUGGUCAAGAAAGACCGUGGUCGCCCCAUCGAUCCAAAAGCUAGGCCAAAAGCAUUUGGAGAAGUUAGUGUAGCCACUGAUGUGCCUGGGAUAGAGUUACUCCAUCAUGAAAAUGAUCUAUACACCAGUUCUUCUGAAGAUGAUAUGGAUGAAGAGGAUGCUGUUGAUGAAGAAGCAGCUUCUACAGGAGAUAAUGGAGAAGAAGGCAAUGCCAGUGAUGAGAAUGAUGAUUUGGAUGAUGGCGUUGAGUUGGAUGAGAGUGAUGAAGGUUCAGAGAGGGAAGACUUGGCUGAUGAAGAAAUAGAUGAAGGACUAAAAGCGCAGCAGAUUUCUGCUGAUGAGCAGGAUGAAGAUAAUGAUCACGAUAGCGGUGAUGAUGGAGAAGAUAGGGAUGCUGAAGAAGUGGGAGAUGAGCCAAGGAAGAAGAAGAGGAAGCUAGAAGAUCAUUUAAGAAAUUUGAAUCCUGCUGAUUUAAGCCUGCGUGCUCUGAGAAGACUAGCAGCAAUGACAUUUGCUAAACCUUCCAACGAUGGAGUUGACGGGAUUCUUUCUAAUGAAGACUUUCAACGUAUUAAUGAACUGAAGGCAAGGAAAGAAGCAAAGCAGGCCUUAUCUCAACAUGGUCUUUUGAGAAAGGAUUCAUGCUCUACAUCAGCAACUUUCAGAAUACCAUCUUCCGAGCAGCUAAGAACAAAACGUUUGGAUCCAGCUAAGCUAGAGGCACACAUCAGGAGUAAGCUUAGCAAGGAUGAGAGAUUAGCUCUGGUUCGAGCAGGCAGAGAAGACAGAGGGCAGUAUCAGGCCAGAGCUGCUGUUAAACAGAAAAAGACCGGCGGCCUCAGCAACCGGCAGAAACAGCACAAGAAAGUCAUGCCUCUGGCUGCCAAAAAACACAGAGCAGCUCGCUCUCGGCAAGAGAAAAAGCAGCAGCGGAAGCGUAACAGGAAGCAGUUCAAGGGAAGGAAAGCUUGGAAGUGAGGCUUUACAUAUCCGCCAUUUGUUCAUUUUAUCAAGAUGAUCUUAUAUUAUUAGAUUAAAGAUCAGGAAAGAACAGGAAAGAACCGCCUUAAUUUUAUUAGUUUAGAGUAAAUUUUAGUUAAUUUUACGAAUUUUUUUUUUCAUCAGAAUUGCA